GCGGGGGGGCAGACAAUGGCGGAGGGGGGCAGCGGCCGGGGGGCCGCGGCGGGCCGGCGGCUCCCGCCCGCCUCCUCCCCGCCUUCCUGCUCCCCGCCUUCCUCCUCCUCCUCCUCCUCCUCCUCCUCCUCCUCCUCCUCCUCCUCCCCGGGCAGGAAAGUUUCGCCGCUGCCCGCCGAGCCGCCGGGCCGGGCGCCGCGCAGCCUGGCCCCCUCGGUGCGCCAGCUCUCGCUGCGCUUCGCCGAGCCGGAGCCGCCGCCGGGCCCGGCUCAUGCCCCGGGGGGGCCGCCGCGGGCCGCGGCGCUGAGCGCGGAGCCGCCGCGCUGGCCCAGCGUCCCGGCGAUGCGCAAACUCUUCGGCGAGAGCUGCCGCCAGGAGCCGGUCGACGCGGCGCGGCGGGGCGGCGGCGGCGGCAGCGGCGGCGGCAGCGGCGGCGGCGGCAGCGGGGGAACCGGGCGGGGGGCGCCGCCGCCGCCGCCGCCCCGCAGCCGCGUCCCGCACCCGGCGCUGCGGGCGGCGCAGCCGGGGCCCGGCCCGCAUUCCUGGCAUAGCUCGGCCCAACCGCAGCCGCCCGCCUCCUCUUCCUCGGCCCGCGGCUCCGGCAGCGAGGAAGAGCCGCCGGCGCCCGGCCGCUGCUCCGAGGGCUCGGCGGGCAGCGAGGGCGAGGGGCCGCCCUCCGCCGCCCGCAAGCGCUCGGGCCGCAAGAAGAAGAAGAAGGACGCGCGGGACGCCGAGGGGACGGCGGGCGCGGAGGCCGGCGGCGGGCAUGGCUUCGGCGGGCCGCCGGGCGACGCCGAGGGACGGCGGCCGCGGGCGUGGGGUGGCCCGGAGGGCGGCGCGGCGGCCCCCCGCUACGCGGCGGCGGUGGCCCCCGUGCCCGUGGUGGCCCGCGUCUCCAAGGUGAACCUCCUGCCCUUCGCGGCCAGCCCCUGCGGGUCGCGGAGCAGCAGCCGCUACUCCAGCACGGAGACGCUGAAGGAGGAAGAGCACGUCGGGGCGUGCUGGCCCAGCCCGAGCCGGGCUUUCCAGGUGGGCUACGGCGUGUACCGGUCGCCCAGCUUCGGGCCGAGCGACGGCCUGGCGCGAGGGCAGCCCCAGGUCCGCGUCCGCCCCAAGCUGCCCCUGGGCAUGGCCAAGGCGAAGCAGGACUUUGCAAGCGAGAGCCUGCAGCAGCCCGGGCCGGACGGGGAGAGAGCCAAACACCGCAAGUCCUUGUCCAACCCCGACAUUGCCACCGAGACGCUGACUCUCCUCAGCUUCCUCAAGUCAGACCUCUCGGAGCUGAAGGUGAAGAAGAAGGGGGUGAGGAUCGGGCUGCCGGAGGAGGCAGCCCUCGGCGGCAGCAGGUACGAAAGCUGCCCCGGCCCGGCCGGCCACCCCCUGGCAAGCCGGGGCCGCCACGGGGCUCAGUCGCCGGCCCGGUGGGCGCCGGGCGAGCGGCCCACCCUCAAGGACCUCACGGCCACGUUGCGGCGCGCCAAGUCGUUCACCUGCUCGGACAAGUCGGGGACGCGCCGGCUCUUCCUGCAGAGCGCCAUGAAGCAGAGCUCCUCCGAGCUGCUCCUGGCCAGCACCGGCGGCAACGACGGGGCGGCUUCGGACGGCGACGGCGGGCGGAGGGGAGACGACGACGUGCUGCCCGUGGUCAUCCAGGACCAGUACAUCCAGGAGGCGCGGCAAGUCUUUGAGAAGAUCAGCAGGAUCGGCCGCCAGCAGGACUACGGCUUCGCGGCGGAGCAGAAGGACAGCGGAGGUGUGGAAGGCGCCAGGGAGUUUGCAGAAGCCACGAGGGGAGCGGACGCCUCGCUCCCAGCGAGGACGGAGAGCAAGCGGUGUUGGAAGGAAGCGGAGUCCGAGGAGAACCUCUCUCGCAGGAAGUCCGUGGAAGAGCUCUCGGGUCACGAGUCGAGCCUGACGGACGAGGGCAUCGUCACAGAGCCGGAGCCAGGGCCCGCCGCGGUGGCCUUCACGGAUCUGCAUCAGGCCGUGGCGGGCUGGAAGUUGCCCGACGGCGCCGCAGCAGACAGCGAGGCUCUUCGAGCCAACAGCGGCGAAACGCCUCUGCCUGCUCGGCUGUACCACGACGUCGCGCCGGUGGAGGAUGCUCCGGCCGGCAAACUCAUGGCCCAAGCGUCCUCCGAGGCGCCCACGACCCCAAGCACCAUGCGGCGCCGGAGGAAAUUCCCCUCCGUGGGCACCAACGGGUCCGACUCCAGCGCCGGCAGCAACGGCGAGUCCAACGGAGAAGCCUACCGCUCGCUGAGCGACCCCAUGCCCCACCGGCGCUGCCCCGUCGCGGAGGAGCCCAGCGCCUUCUCCGUCGACAGCAACCUCCUGGGCUCGCUGGGUGCCAAGGCGGGCAUGCCCGAGUCCUCGGCCGUCUCGCUGUGCGAGUACGCGGGCAGCGCGGCCAGCGACCUGUCCGUGUGCAGCGACGGCCUGCGGGAUUACAGCACCGUCAUCAAGAACAUCGUCAGCCAGCCCGGGGCCAUGGACAAAGUCAUCGACGAGAAGGGCAACGGCAAGACCAUCAAGAAGAAGUCCUUCAGCGACCCCAGCCGCCGCGGCCAGCUGGCCAGCGCCGGCUUCGAGGGCCCCGGCGAGGCCAUCAGCGAGAUGGAGCCGAGCAUCCCGCCGUCCAGCAGCGAGCCCAUCCUCUCGGAGCAACGGGCCGACCAGGAGGCCGCCAAGCCGGCCGAGCGCAGCGGCUCCGGCGAGGCCGGCCGCGGCUACGGCUUCGACCCCAAGCUCGCCGAGGUCUUGUCUCCCCGCGUGCUCAGGCGCAGCUCCAAGAAACGCACCAACCGGGCGGCCCACCAGGAGAACCGCCCGCCGUCCUCCUCGGCUCCGGCGCCCGGCGCCUUCGGCAAGGCCCGGCCGCCCUCCAAGCACGUCCGGCACACCAGCGAACCCGCCACCUUCGUCCCCAUCUCCGGAGCCGAGCCUCGCGCCUCCCUCCACCCCGGCGUCCCCGCGUCCGCGCCGGAGCCGUCCCGGCUGCCCGUCAAGUCCCUCCCUGCCCUCCAGCCGCCCUCGUUGGAAGACGUCACCAAGCGGUACAUGUUGGCCCUCAACUCAGGUGACUCCUCGCCCCCCGGCACGGCGGACGCGCCCCGCUCCUCGCCCGCGACGCCCACCGCCGCCGAGCCCAAGCUCCCGCGGUGCCCGCGGCAGCCGGAGGACCACGGCGCCGCGCCGGCCCCCCGCAGCAAGCCGCAGGUGGAUAUGAGGAAACACGUCAUCAUGACGCUCCUGGAUACAGAGCAGUCCUACGUGGAGUCCUUGCGCACCUUGAUGCAGGGUUACAUGAAGCCCCUGAAGCAGCCCGAGAACUCCGUGCUGUGCGACCCCUCACUGGUGGACGAGAUCUUUGACCAGAUCCCCGAGCUGCUGGAGCACCACGAGCAGUUCCUGGAGCAGAUCAAUGACUGUGUGCAGAACUGGCAUGAGAAGCAGAAAGUGGGCGACCUCCUCGUGCAGUCGUUCUCCAAGGACGUCCUGGUGAACAUCUACUCCGCCUACAUCGAUAACUUCCUCAACGCCAAGGAUGCCGUGAGGAUCGCCAAGGAAGCCCGGCCGGCCUUUAUGAAGUUCCUGGAGCAAAGCAUGAGGGAGAACAAGGAGAAGCAGGCCCUGUCCGACCUGAUGAUCAAGCCCGUGCAGAGGAUCCCGCGGUACGAGCUGCUGGUGAAGGACCUGCUGAAGCACACGCCGGAGGACCACCCCGACCACCCCUUCCUCAUCGACGCCCAGCGCAACAUCAAGCAGGUGGCCGAGAGGAUAAACAAGGGCAUGAAGAGCGCCGAGGAGGUGGAGAGGAACGCCCGGAUCGUGCAGGAGAUCGAGUCCCACAUCGAAGGCAUGGAGGAUCUCCAGGCCCCGCUCCGGAGGUUCCUGCGUCAGGAGAUGGUGGUGGAAGUGAAGGCGGUGGGCGGCAAGAAGGACCGCUCGUUCUUCCUCUUCACGGACCUCCUCGUGUGCACCACGCUGAAGCGCAAGUCGGGCUCCCUCCGCCGCAGCUCCAUGAGCCUGUACACGGCGGCCAGCGUGAUAGACACGGCCAGCAAGUACAAGCUGCUCUGGAAGCUGCCCCUGGAGGACGUGGACAUCGUCAAAGGUGCCUCGCAAGCCACCAACCGCGAGAGCAUCCAGAAGAGCAUCUGCCGCCUGGACGAGGACCUCAGCACUCUGGGCCAAGUGAGCAAGCUCUCGGAGAGCCUCAGCUUCCCGCACCAGAGCCUGGACGACGUCAUCAAGGACCUGAUGGCCGCCAUCCACCGGGAGCUGGCCGAGAAGCAGUCGCUGUCCUUCAGCAUGUCCUUCCCCCCCAACAAAGUGGAGCUCACCACCACCAAGGCCGACGGCACCGAGUCCUUCGUCUUCGAGUUCCCCAACCCCGACGCCCGGCAAAGCUUCGAGCAGGCCUUCGAGGACGCCAAGAAGAAGCUGGCAUCCAGCAAAAACUGCCUGGACCCGGAGUUCCUCAAGGCCAUCCCCAUCAUGAAGACGCGGAGCGGGAUGCAGUUCUCCUGUGCUUCCCCCAGUCCCAGCAGCCCGGAGAGCCCCUGCGAGGUCUGGGUGUGCAACAGCGACGGCUACGUGGGGCAGGUCUGCCUGCUGAGCAUCCGCAAGGAGCCCACCGUGGAGGCGUGCAUCGCCGUCUGCUCUGCCAGGAUCCUCUGCAUCGCCUCCGUGCCGGGCCUCAAGCGCCCGUACAGGGAGCGUCCCGAGUCGCUGGCGAGCCCGGCGGCGGAGCCGGCGCCGCCGCAGCCGGAGGACGCCGGGCCCCAGCAGUGCCUGCACAUCUCCAUCUCGGGCUCCUCGCUGGAGCUCUCGGAGCCCGUCGACAGCGCCAACCGGGAGCUGAUGCCUUUCGACAGCGACGACACGGACGACGAGUCCUCGCCGAGCCCCUCGGGCACGCUGCAGAGCCAGGCCAGCCACUCCACCAUCUCCUCCAGCUUCGGAAACGAAGAGCUGCCGAGCUGCAAGGAGGCGGCGGCGGAGACCACGAGCUCGGAGGAGGAGCAGGAGGCCGCCUUCCUGGCGCUGGCGGGCCCCUUCGGCCCCGGCAGGCCCGGCGAGAGCCCCGUGGACGGGCGGGCCAUGCGGCGCUCCAGCCGCGGCUCCUUCACCCGGGGCAGCCUGGAGGAGCUGCUGAGCCUCGACCCCGAGGCCCACCAGAGCUCCAUGUGGCUGGGCACCGAGGACGGCUGCAUCCACGUGUACCAGUCCUCCGACAACAUCCGCAACCGCAAGAACAGCAUGAAGAUGCAGCACGCCGCCGCCGUCAUGUGCAUCCUGUACCUGGAUAACCAGGUUUUCGUCUCGUUGGCCAACGGGGAGCUCAUCGCCUACCAGCGGGAGGCAGGGCGCUUCUGGGACCCGCAGCACUCCAGGGCGCUGGCGCUGGGCUCCCCGGGCAGCCCCGUGACCAAGAUGGUGGCGGUGGGCGGCAAGCUGUGGUGCGGCUGCCAGAACCGCGUCAUCGUCCUCAACACGGCCACCUUGGCGCAGGAGCACGCCUUCGCCGUGGGGCCGGACGGCGGGCGCGGCGUGAGCUGCAUGGCCAGCGCGGGGCCCGGCGUGUGGGUGGCCCUGCAGAGCAGCGCCCAGGUGCGCCUCUACCACGCCACCAGCUACGAGCAGCUGGCCGAGGCCGACGUCACCCCCCCGGUGCACAAGAUGCUGGCGGGCGCCGACGCCAUCAUCCGGCAGCACAAGGCGGCGUGCCUGCGGGUGACGGCGCUGCUGGCCUGCGGCGAGCUGCUCUGGGUGGGCACCAGCGCCGGCGUGGUGCUGACGCUGGCCGCCGCCGCCGCCGCCCGCGCCCCCCCGGCCCUCGUGGGGCUGCCCCAGGGCCACACGGGCCACGUCCGCUUCCUCGCCGCCCUCGAGCUGCCUGCCGCCCUCGACCGCCUCUGCCCGCCCCCCGGCGACCCGGGGCCCGAGGCGGCGGCAGCAGGCGAGGGGCCGCGGCGGGAGGGGGCUCGCCCGCGGGCCGCCGGCCUGGCCAAGCCCCAGCUGCUGGUGAUCAGCGGCGGCGACGGCUACGAGGACUUCCGCCUGGCGGCCAGCAGCGACACCGUGGGCCGCGACGACAGCACCAACCACCUGCUGCUGUGGCGGGCGUGAGCCCCCCCCCGCCGCCCCCCGCCCCGCUCCGCUCGCCCCUUCGCUCCCUCAAAAUAUAUAUAUAUAUAUUAUAUAUAUAAAUAUCCUUAUUUAUUGGCGGCGGGAGGGAGGGGGCGCGCCGGGGCCCGCCGGCAGCUCCCGGCCCUGGACCAAACCCCCCCCCGCCCCGGGGUGCCGCCGCUUCCCCCGCUCGCCCCCCCGUCGUGCCGCCUCUCGCCCCCCCUCUCUGGCUCCGAGCCGGGGGGGCCGGGGGGGGCGGCCGCCCCGCAGCCCGGGCCCACGGCGCCGAUGGGAGCCGGGUGCCGGCCCCGGCGAGAGGCAGGAUCGCUGCUCCCCCACGUCCGUCUGUCCGCCCAGGGAGGGGCUUGGGGGUCUUUUUUUGGGGGGGGGGUUGUUCAUAAGGAUGGCAGUAAUGUUUAAGGGGAGGGUUGGGGGGGGCUUUUGGUCACUGUGGGCUUUUUGUCAUUAAAGGUCACCCGUGUCGGAAUUAAA